AUGCAUCAGCAGGACCCUGACGAGAUACCGCUUUCUGAACUCCUUGGGAACUCUGGAGAAUCGGUGCCGAGAGUUGUUUCAGUUGCCAGACAAGGUGGCUUCGGCGCACCGUCGAUACAGGUUGCCAAGAAGUCUUCCUCAGCUGCACUUUCGGAAGAUGAACUGCCUCUAGCUCUACUUAUUGGUACGGAAAGAAAGAAGGAGUGCAGUAGAAGGAAGGGCAAAGUCGAACCAUGUCGAAAAGCGCCGAAAAGGAAAUGCGAACGAAUGAAAGCCGAAAAGCACCGCAAGGCGAAAAAGUUGCAGGCAACAAGUACUAAACAUAGAGCGGAAGAUGAAUCGAUCAAGUGGUGCAGCCUCGAACAUAACGGAGUCUUAUUCCCUCCGGAAUAUGAACCGCACGGACGGCCUCUACUCUACGAUGGCUGCGAAAUAGCGCUCCCGCCCGAGGCCGAAGAAGUGGCCACCUUUUAUGCGUCGAAGUUGGGAACUGUUUAUUUAGAAAAGGAAACAUUUCGGAAAAACUUUUUUGACGACUUUCGGAAGACCUUGCCCGUUGAUUUACGGAAGCGCAUCGUGAAACUCGAACACUGUGACUUCAGCCGUAUCCGGGAGUAUCUCGACGAGCUGAAAGAACGAAAACAAAGCAUGCCUCCAAGCAAACGGAAAGAGUUACGAGAAGCGGAAGCGCAAAGAGUUGCGCAUUACACGGUUGCAAUCGUUGAUGGACGCAAGGAGAAAGUGGCCAAUUAUCGUGUCGAGCCUCCGGGUCUCUUCCUGGGGCGCGGUGACCAUCCGCUAAUGGGCCGAGUCAAACGUCGCAUAUUCCCAGAGGAUGUCACACUGAAUCUUGGUCGUGACGCACCUAUUCCGCCGUGUCCAUUUAAAGGCCAUGACUGGGGAUCCAUCGUGCACAACCAGAGGGUCACGUGGCUGGCUUGCUGGCGAGAUCCAAUCUCCGAUGAGUACAAGUACGUCUGGCUGAGUGCGUCUUCGCACUUCAAGGCGAUGAGCGAUCAAGAAAAAUUUGAGAAGGCGCAGCAGCUGAGCAAGCAUAUCACGAAGAUACGCAAUGAGUACACGAAAGGAUUAGAAUCUGCUGAUAGGCACACGCAGCAGAGAUCCGUCGCACUGUAUCUUAUUGAUAAGCUUGCACUCCGAGUCGGGAACGAGAAAGGAGAAGACGAAGCGGACACUGUUGGUUGCUGCUCCCUGCGGGUAGAACACAUAACCCUUCAAGAGCCUAAUAUAGUGCAGCUCGACUUUCUCGGCAAGGAUUCGAUGCGAUACUUUAACAGAGUGCGAGUCGAAGCGCUAGUUUUUCAUCGCCUGCGAGAGUUCUUGAAAGGAAAACGAGUAUCAGAUAAUGUAUUCGACGAACUGAAAGUCGAGGAACUUAAUGACUAUUUGAAAAGCCUAAUGCCGGGCCUAUCUGCGAAAGUUUUUCGCACCUACAAUGCAUCUUACACCCUUGAUAAGCUUUUGCACAGCGUGAAAACCCCUGGACCGGAUAUUCAUUCGCGCCUUCUGUUCUACAAUGAGGCGAACAAAGAUGUAGCUGUAUUAUGUAACCAUCAGCGAUCCCUUCCAAAGACUCAUUCGUUAAUGCUUGAAAGACUGCGCGAUAAGCUAGAGGAGAGCAGAGCGUAUCUUGAGGCGCUCAAAAUGGCUCGAGGAAAGGCUCAGGCAUCUCCAGACAGCCGCGCACAAGUAACACGCUGGCGACGGCCAGUAGUUGAGAUUCCCGAGGACUGCUCCCUCGCUGAGCGAAAGCGCAUUCGCGAGGAGGCCGAAAAGCGACCGAAAGAAAAACAGGUAGUGAACAUGGGGCUCGCGUCUAUCACACGAGGAAUAGCGCAAACACAGGAAAAAAUCAGGCGCCUAGAGGCUGACCUGAAAACGAGGGAUUCGCUCGCUACGGUGUCGUUGAGCACCUCUAAGAUCAACUAUUUAGAUCCGCGAAUAACAGUUGCUUGGUGCAAAAGACAUGAGGUUCCUAUUGAGCGAAUAUUCCCUCGCGCGCUACAGGAAAAGUUUAUGUGGAGUAUGGGGGUAAGCGAGGACUUUCGUUUCCCAAUCAGCAACGUCGUUUCGAACGAUCCCUCAGGGGCUUCCACAUAA